AAGGAAUAGAAAAAAAAAAUAAAAAAAAUUCACAUCUCUAUCUCUUCUACAUGUUUUGUAUACAAGGUAACAACACUACAAUCAUUUCUUUUUUCGUAUUUUCGAUCUACUCUUUCACUUCAUUUGCUAGUUCAUUUACAUUUUGCCUCACUAACAUCUGAACAUUAUAAUUGAUUUCUUGCUUAGAAUGUUCAUACAGUGUAUUCUUGUCCACUUUCUUUUAUUCGAAUUGUCUCUAAAAUUCAUGAAAUUAAGAUUAAGAGGAACAAAACUAAUGUCAAAUAUGUCAUUAAGUGGCUACAUUACAUCAACUUUGCCGAGCAUUCAUUUAUAAAAUGCGCAAUGGAGAUGGUAGUUAUAGAACCAUAAUCAGUCACAAAAAAAUGAAUUUAUUUUUGAGCCGAUUUGAUAUUUUGUGAUUUGUUUGUUUGUGUGUGUUUUAACCAGCAUGAAAAGGAUAUUGGCUUCUUAGUGAUCAAAUUCUAGUUGAUAUUUUUCCUAUUGCACUCCAGGAACAAGAGGUGCUAAGUGUUCAUGUUUUUUCCGUGUUUGAAGGCCUAGAGAGAAAAAAAAAAAGUUAUUUCACUGUCUAUUCCAAGUUCAUUAUGUCCAGAGUCUAAUGAAAUCAAUUUAGCAGUAAAAUAGCUCCAGGAUUAUCCCAUGGAGUAUAAAGAUGGUUUUGUGUCAGAAGAGCACCAAGAAUUACUUAAAUGUGCUACAGAAGGUGUUGAUCCAUCGUCCAUUUCUCCUAUGGAAAUUAAAUCCCCGAGGUCACCCAGAUCACCUCAUGGCAAGCGGAGUCCUAAGAAGGGGCAACUAGUCAAGCAUGACAAGCAUUCGCAUAACGGACGAGAUGGCCGUCCAAAGAAGGGUGGCUCAGGUGGCAAGGGGACUUGGGGUGGAAUGCUUGACAUAGACACAGAUCCUCAUCUUGACCCAAGUGAUCCAAAUUACGACAGCAAUGAGGAAAAGAACCGGCUUGCUGACACUAAAACAUUAUCAAAUAUUGACGAGUUUAAGAAGAAAGCUACAGUCAUAAUCGAGGAAUACUUCACUACUGAUGAUAUCAUAUCAGCUGCAAAUGAAUUAAGAGAUUUAGGCCAGCCACCUUACCAUUACUAUUUUGUGAAGAAGUUGGUGUCCAUGGCCAUGGAUAGGCAUGACAAAGAGAGAGAAAUGGCUGCCGUUCUGCUGUCAACUCUUUAUGUUGAAGUGAUUGAACCAUCGCAUAUUUAUCUUGGUUUCAGCAAGCUAGUUGAAUCCUCUGAUGAUUUGUACGUGGACAUACCUGAUGCGGUGGAUAUCCUUGCGCUCUUCAUUGCUCGGGCUGUAGUUGAUGACAUUCUUCCUCCAGCUUUCUUAACCAAACAGCUGAACUCCUUACCUGAAGGUUCAAAAGGAAUUGAAGUAAUAAAGAGAGCAGAGAAGGGAUACCUGUCAGCGCCAUUACAUACAGAGGUCAUAUUGCGGAGAUGGGGUGAGAGCAAGAAUUUAACUGUAGAGGAUGUCAAGAUCAAAAUAAAUAACUUACUCAUUGAAUAUGUAUCAAGCGGAGACAAAGUGGAGGCUUGCCGGUGCAUCAAAGAUUUGAAAGUUCCUUUUUUUCACCAUGAUAUAAUCAAGCGAGCGCUGAUACUAGCCAUGGAGAAAAGAGCAGCUGAAGGCCGCUUACUGGAUUUACUGAGAGUAGCCGCUGAUGAAGGGCUUAUCAACUCGAGCCAAAUAUCCAAAGGUUUCAACAGGCUUAUUGAUACCAUUGAUGAUUUGAUACUGGACAUCCCCAAUGCAAGAGAUAUGUUGCAGUCUUUGAUAUCGAAGGCUGCGUCAGAAGGCUGGUUAUCAGUUUCCUCACUUUUGACGGUCUACUCUCCACCAGAAAAACAUGUUGAAGAAAAUACAACCAAACUUUUUAAGCUGAGAGCUACAGCCAUCAUCAAAGAGUACUUCUUAACUGGUGAUAUUCUGGAAGUAAUGAGCAGUUUGAUAUCAGAAAACCUGUCAUCACCCAUGCUAAAUGGUGUUUUCAUUAAGAAGCUAAUAACUCUUGCAAUGGAUAGAAGGAACAGGGAGAAGGAAAUGGCAUCAGUUUUACUAACUUUUCUAUGUUUCCCACCAGAUGAUGUUGUGAAAGGCUUCUUUCUACUGAUUGAGUCUGCAGAAGAUACUGCAUUGGAUAUUCCAGCAGUGGUUGAAGACUUGGCUAUGUUUCUAGCCAGGGCAGUGGUGGAUGAAGUAAUAGCUCCAUCACACCUGGAGGAAAUUGGAAGUCAUUGUGAGGCAUCUGAUUCUAUCGGUAGCAAAGUAAUCCACCUCACACAGUCAUUACUGAGGGCCAAGCUCUCUGCUGAGCGGAUCCUGCGAUGUUGGGGUGGAGGUGGUGGCAGCAAGACAGGAUGGGAGUUAGAUGAUAUUAAGGAAAAGAUUAGCAAGUUAUUGGAAGAGUAUCAUUCAGGCGGUGAACUGAGAGAAGCUUGCCGCUGCAUAAAAGAGCUUGGAAUGCCUUUCUUCCACCAUGAGGUAGUUAAGAAGGCAUUGGUCAUUAUAAUGGAGAGAAGGAAUGAAAGAUUGUGGGGCUUGUUGGAAGAGUGCCAUUCUGUUGGUCUGAUAACAAUGAAUCAGUUCACUAAGGGAUUUGGGAGAGUCGCUGACUGUAUAGAUGAUUUGAGGCUUGAUGUGCCAGAUGUGGAAAAGCAACUUGUGUUCUACAUUGAGAAAGCUAAGGACAAAGGGAUGCUGGAUUGUACUUUUUCCACACCAGGCCUGCGCCAUGUAGUAGCAAAUGGCAUUUACUAAUCAAGUGCAGGUUUUCACUUUUUCUGAAUGUCAACUAACAGCAUCCAAUGCCAUUCCGUUCCUAAGAUGCAAAAGACCUCGGCAUUAUUUAAGGUUGGUCAUAUCUUUACCAUUAUGUUUAUUUUUAUUUUAUGAUUGAAAAGGCAAUACAAAGUGGUAGAAAAUUGCCAUUCUAUUAUUUUCAUAUGUUUUUCUACAGGCCCUGAAGACUUGGUGGCAAUCACAUCAUAUUAUGCUAUAUAUGUCGAUAAGCAGCACCUCGAGGUGCUUAAAGCCACUUGAAGUCCUCAAUAAACUAAAGCAGUCAUGAAGGGACUAACCAAGAAUUCAUCUAAAGAUAUUUUCUGACUACAUCUAUGAUAAGUUAAUGUCCUCCAACCUUAUGACGACAGAAUAAUUCUUUUCUUUCUAGCACCAAAUUAAAUUAAAUUUAGAAUUUGAUCAAGAGGGCAGAGUGCCUUCUUGCUUGUAGCAAUAUGAGUCUAUUGAACCAAGCAUUUGUAUAAAAUUCCUUUCCUGAACUAAGUUGCAGUCAUGCCAAUUUAUUGGAUUCUUUAUGAAGAAUUGAAUCGUGCAAAAGAGCAUGAUUUAUCAUAAAAAAAAUCAGCAGUAAAUUGAGCAUGAUUUCUUCACUGGGGAGUAUUGAAUAGCAUAGACUUGUAAUGAGCUAGCUAUACAAAACC